UUGUUAUGGGUUCCCAAACCAGCACCUGCUUUCGACUGUACGGAAAAGGAAAGGCGGAAAUCGAGUCUCCUCUCCUUUAAGGACUGUGUUAGGGAAAGAACUGGAAGUUAAUAAGCGAUUUUCAUUCCUAUUAACGUUGGAACAAAAGCGAGCCGAGCAAAUGUUGGCAGCAUAAGCCCGUCUCUUCGGCCACAUCAGCGGGUUUGGAAUGAUACCGAAACGCUCUGCUCCUCAGCCCGUGCAUGUGUAUGGUAGAGAAGGACUUCGUGUCCCAGAAGGCUUUGCGGUAGCGCCGGAACCCGGAGUGCAAGGAGAGGCGUGAAAGGCGCCGGCGCGGGGGUUUGUGGGAUCGUCGUCGGAGGUGGUGGUGGGGCUCCAUCAUGGCGGCUUCCAUUUCUGGCUACACAUUCAGUUCCGUCUGUUACUACAGCGCCAACAGUAGUGCCGACCACGAAGGAUUUCUGCUUGGAGAAGUUAGACAAGAAGAGACCUUUAGUAUUAGUGAUUCACAAAUCAGCAACACUGAAUUUCUGCAAGUUAUUGAAAUCCAUAAUCAUGAGCCCUGUUCAAAACUCUUUAGCUUUUAUGACUAUGCAGGCAAAGUCAAUGAAGAAGAUUUGGACCAGAUUCUCAAAGAUCGGCGAAAAAAUGUUAUUGGAUGGUACAGAUUUAGGAGAAAUACUCAACAACAAAUGUCCUAUAGAGAACACAUCAUCCACAAACAGCUGACACAGAUUCUUGGAGUGCCUGACCUUGUCUUCCUUCUCUUCAGUUUCAUCUCCACUGCAAAUAAUUCAACACAUGCUUUAGAAUAUGUGCUCUUUAGACCAAACCGAAGGUAUAAUCAAAGGGUGUCACUUACUAUUCCUAAUCUAGGCAACACAAGCCAGCAGGAAUACAAGGUCUCCUCAGUGCCAAAUACUUCUCAGAAUUAUGCCAAAGUUAUUAAAGAGCAUGGUACUGAUUUUUUUGACAAAGAUGGUGUUAUGAAAGACAUCAGGGCUAUAUAUCAGGUUUAUAAUGCACUUCAGGAAAAAGUACAGACAGUAUGUAUAGACUUAGAGAAAAGUGAACGCACUGUCGAAUCCUUCCAGGCAGAGGUGAAUAAGCUAAAAAAGCAAAUCUCACAAAGAAAAAAUGAAAAGGAACAAGAAAUAAGACUGCAGCAGGCCAUCUUAAGCAGGCAAAUAUCAAACGAUACAUUGGAGCCUAUAUUCAUCCCCCGAAUGUCCCGUGCUGGAUUUGCUGUGAAAGGUAGUAAUCUGGAAGAAUCGGAUGCCUCCGACCCUCCUCCUCCUCCUUAUGCUGACUUCAGUGUGAUCAAUCAUGACAAUGCCAUACGCUCUGGUGUCGUAGAAAGCAAUGUUUUCAUGCCUCGACCUCAGGCAGUAGGCUCUUCUAGUUAUGUUUCCACAAAUACAGCAUUGAAGCAUUCUGACAAUGAAACAUCCAUGCCAUCCUCUUCCCAAAGGGCAACUGGUGACAAUGAUAAUGAAUCAGACAGUGACUAUGAAAAUUUGCUUGAACCUACAGAGUCAUCUGACAACGAAUACGCACAGACAAGGGAUUCUCGGCCCUUGACACAUGCUGAUGGAGACUCCAGGAACACUCAAGUCCCCCACAUUUAACAGAACAUGAGCUCAAUAUAGCACUGUCUUUUUUCCUAAUUGUUACAGAAAUAUUUUCGGAUUUAACUUGGAGGAAGGAAAAAAGCUACAACAGUGGAUUAUUGUGCACAGCAAACAUAGAAGACUUGCACUUAGAUGGCUUAUUCACUUUGUGAUACACUUUUGCAAGUUUUAUAAUGGAAUCAUUAGGAUAAUCAAGCAACUAAUAUUGUUGAGUCAUGGAUGUACUGGUAAACAUAAGCAAAAUAAAAUUUGAAAAAAAAAAUCUUGUUGCAGUUCCCCAUAAGAAAAACGGGAUUGGCAACUAAGCACAGUCUAAUGAUCUCAAAUCAAAACUUACCUCGUGCACUAUCAUGCCUUGAAUUUUAGGGUGUUUAUUUCUAAGAACUUUGAUCAGCAGGCUUGUUAGAAGAUGAAGCCAAAUAGAUCAUUGCCAGAAAAGAAACUUUGAUAAUUCCAAGAAGCCUGAUUGGAACAAAUGUGAAGUAUCUUCUCUGCAUGUCCUUUUAAUAGAGAUGAGGUUUGUUUCAAUCUUUUUUCUACUAGCCUAAUGUAUACCACUUACAAUUAUGGUUGCCUUUUUAUGUAGGAAAGUGAUUACCAGUAAAUCAUCAUUGAAUGUCUUGGGCAUAACUAUUCUGACUUUGGUGGGUUUAAAGUGACUUUGCCACAUUAUCCUCACUCUAUCUGUUUUUGUUUUAAAAAUAUGAAGAGCACAUAGCAGAAGGUGGUGAAAUAUAUGUGGUCAGUUCAGCGUCAGUAUGGCUUUAGAAUUCUACAAAUGUUGAACAUUGAAUGAAGGCAAGUUUUUGCAACUUAACCUGUUAAAAUGGCCAGAUUCCAUAAACAUUAAUUUAUGAAAGACUUGGGAAAUGGAAGAGUCUGUAUAGCAUACAACCCUUUUCCUCUUUAAAUUGCAACUCUUGUUGGUGGGGUAAGUUAAAUUUUGGUGACAUGAAGUAGAAUCUGCUUCAACAAUGUUUUGGAUGCACUUAUUUCAAUGCUUGCAGUAAAUUUUUUGCCCCAAAAGUGUAAGACAAAUAUGCCUCUUUCUCUUAAUUAGCAAAUGGCAAACUGCAAUCUGUGAUAAUGCAUUUAUAGACUCAUGCAAUCCCACUUCUUACUAAACCCCAUUAGAAUACUUCCUUUCAGAGUACCUGAUGUUAAAAUCUCAGCAGUCCUACAGUCCCAGAUUUAUCUGUUAAUCUGUGAUACUAACCAAAACCCAAGUGGCUUUGAAAUAAGGUAAAAAUACUGUCUCAUUGGAUGUUUGGGUCUUUAAACAUGUCUCUAUCUUCAGUAUAAACAUACUUUGGCCUUAACAUGAUAUGUAUUGUUUUUCAUUGCUGCAGUCCAUUCUAAUGAAUAAACAAGUUUGGGAUUUAUUAACUUUGGGUAUCUGCAAGCAACUAUAGUGCUGGUUUGUUAAAUAAGUGCUGUUGCCAUCUCAUCAGUUCAUUCAAGAAAGUUUAUUUUUUUCGCACAGAAACUUUUAAUGUACAUCUCUUACAAAACAGUUUAAUGUAACAAUAAAAUCUUAUUUAAUCGUU